UUCUCCUGUCCCGUUGUAGCAGCAGUCGGCGGACAACGAGAAUGACCAUCAUGUGAAUUAAUUACGCAUAACGGUGAAACGGACUGGAAAAUGAACUUUUACCGGCUGGCUAUAAUACUCGGGGCAUCGGCAUAUGUGUGUGAUGGCGUGGAAGUCACGGUGCGGGAGAAGCAGCGUUAUGCAAUGCUCUUCCAGUCGGUGGUCCUCCACUGCCAGUACCACACCUCGUCCAUCCAGACCCCAGUGGUGCAGUGGUGGUACAAGUCCUACUGCCGCGACCGCACCCGGGAGUCCUUCACCUUCUCAGAGAGUCUGGGAAUCUCGUCGCCCAGCCCGGGCACGGGGUCCCACGUGGACUGCCCCGACAGCAGCCGCACAGUCCGCAUUGUGGCCUCUGCACAGGGACAAUCCCUGACACUGUCUGAACACUACAAGGGCAGAGACAUCGCCAUCAUAAACAAAGCAGACUUGCGGAUUCGGGAGCUGCAGUGGGGCGACAGUGGAGUUUACUACUGUAAAGUUGUCAUCGCUGAUGACCUGGAGGGGAGAAAUGAGGCCCAGGUGGAACUACUUGUGCUCGGCAGGACAGGUGAGCAGGACGAUAUCCUACCUGAGUUUGAUGUGGAGAUUAUGCCAGAGUGGGUGUUUGUGGGAUCUGUAGUCCUGGGCAGUAUCUUGUUCCUGUUAUUUGUUGGGAUCUGCUGGUGCCAGUGCUGCCCGCACUCCUGCUGCUGCUACGUCCGGUGCUGCUGCUGCCCCGACACCUGCUGCUGCCCACGGCACCUGUAUGAAGCAGGGAAGAUGGCGAAGAGUGCCCAGCCCACCCAGGUUCCCAUGUACCCCUACUAUAUCCCCGGGGUCCCGACUACCAUGGUCCCUCUUGCCCCUUCAUCCCACGUAGACCCAAAGAUCACCUCUCUCCCCUCGGUGGAGACAAACCUGGCAGGAGUGCGCAGUGGUUAUCGACUCCAGGCCAAUCAAGGCCAGGACUCAAUGAAAGUUCUGUACUACGUAGAGAAGGAGCUGGCUCAGUUACCCUCUGCCAAGAUGGCUGCACUCCAACCCGGGAGCCUGUCAGAGCUGAGCUCUCUUCACGAUGGAGGAAAUGCAGACUUUAGGCACACCUAUCAGACAGUCCAGAUGAAGGCCCUCCCGCCCAUUGAAGACCUUGAUGACCAGUCAGUGCUGCGGGUGGCUCCGCCCACCCAGAGUCGCAGGCACAGACGGGACAGAAGCAGCCACUCAGAUGAUGAGCUCGACCGCAGGUGGAACCCCCGCUCUGAGCACCUGCAGAGAAAAACAUUAAGCAGCAGGGGGCGCACUGGCUCCCUGGACGAGCUGGAGGAAUUUGCCCGGUCCUACGGCUCCCGCCCUCGCAGGGCUGAGCCUCGUGACCGGGCCUAUGACCAAAAUCAUGUGAACUACAGCCCUCCGAGGCGUUUCUAUGGAGAUGGGGACGAAGGCUGGCGUCGCCGCAGCCCCUCUCCUUUGCCACCUAAGAGAAGGGACACAUGGGACAGCGACCGCCCUGCUCGCCCGUCCCGCUGCCAACCUCAGGGAGGGAGAGAAUAUGAUCACACCUUCCUCAAUAAUAUACUGGAGAGCAAGGCAAGGGGGCGGGGAGGGGACAGAGGUGCCGCGAGGGUGGAUGAUGACAGUGACACUCCCUCCAAGGGCAGCUCUAGAGGCAAGGGCAGCGACUGUUACUAUAGCCGGUCGCCGAGCAACCGUCCUGAGGAGGAUGAUCCCUUGCCUCCAUACACAGAAGUGGAGCGAUACCGCACAGAACGUUUCCGCACGGAACCCCCUGAUACAGAACGAUACAGGACCGCUGACCCUCCCAUGAGGCCUUUCUGUUACGCCCGCCCACCCCUGGGGUCGUCUCACACCUUGCACGGGGGCAGAGACGAGCGGGACAGGAACCGAAACGUGAGCACUGCGCUGAGCAGGGACUCUCUCAUUGUGUGACACAGCACAGAGUUUCCGAAGCUCGGCCGCACCUCACUGCCAGUGUUGAGAAUCUCACCCCUCUUUAUUUAAACCGUCCUGUUGCUAUGCAGGAAGGACUAACUCCUCUACCAGCAGCCAUGUGACGUGUGGCUCGUCUCACUGAAAGUAACAACAUCGCAAAAGAAAAAAAAAAUACUAGGGGAUGGAAAAUCAUGAAAAAUGAGAAUGGAUAAGGCAAUAUUGUGCAGUGAUUUCUUUUAAUAUACGACAGUUUAUGGUUGUGUGUGCUCGUGUACAUGCAUUAUGCACAUGUGGCCUACAGAGUGUAUGUAUAUGGUGUUUGUGUAUGUGUGGUUGAAGCUUUCGCCUUAUACAUGUAAAGUGACUGGACUUGUACCUGUGCCAAUAUAGUUUUCUUUUUAAUUUUUCAAGUCAUUUUUGCCAAUUUCAGAAUGAGUGCAGUCUGAGUCUGUACUCCAUGUUGUGUAUCACUGAGCAGGAAGCCACAAUCCACUUGUAUUUGUCCCUGCACACUUCAGACUUCUUUCUCAAUGCGCUGCAACUCAGGUUUGUGUUUGUUUGUGAAAGAUAUUGUACUGUAUAUGUUGAUGUAUGUACUGUACCUUGAAUUUGUACUGCAGAUUUUAAUUGCACUGUUUAUGUACAUCAAGUCCACACAUUACAUAAAGUGGCCUCAAGGCUACAUAGUGGGCUUUGACACUGUGCCAUUGCUUACAUUUGAAUUUCAAUUUGUUUUGACAUGAAUGAUUUUGAUAUAAAAUACCUAUUGUCUGUCAUAGA